UUGAUGUGACGUUGUCAACAACUGGACCUGGAGGAAGGAAAGUGUUAUUUGCUCUUUCGAGAUUUCAUUGAGUUCUUCGGGAUAAACGGUUAUUUAUACACUUUGAUAGCUUGCAGUGCGCCGACAUGUGCACGUGUUACUGUAGUACACAGCUAUGGGCGAUAAAGUUAUGGGAGCCAGCUAACGCUAGCUAGUCAACUAAUGUCUUUCAGUCAGAACUGUCAGAAGUUGGCUAGUUGCAAGCUAGCUAUUCCGUAGCUAACGUCAGUACAGUGAGGUUAGCCUGCUAUUUACUGUGAGCGACUCAUAGUCUGCGGUGGGUUGUGGCCAGCUAUAAAAACAUCACAUCCGUGGAGCUGCUGUAAAAGGUCCGCAGGUUUUGCUCGCGGGGAUCUCUCUGAGAUAUCCUACCAUGGAUCCAUUUGACAGCACAGAGCGUGCGAGUCUGCCGAGAAACAUGAUUGAGAACAGCAUGUUUGAAGAAGAGCCUGAUAUUGUGGAUUUGGCCAAAGACACCACUACAUCUCCAACAUUUCCUGCUCUUGACCCAGAUGAGGUGGUGUAUGAGCCUCGUAGCUCACGGCUACUUGUGCGAGGCCUGGGAGAGAAUGACAUGGAUGAAGAUGAGGAGGACUGCGAGUCUUCAGCCCGUCUGCUGGGAAUGUCCUUUAUGAACCGUAGCUCUGCUCACAGAUCCGGUUCUUCCCCUUACACCAGACGGGACCCACCCAGGUCAUGUUCACGGCCCUCAACCCGGAGCACGGUUGUGUGUGUGUUACUCCUGGUGAUAGUGGCCUCUCUGACUAUGGUACUGUACUUCUUACCUGGAUGCAACUUUACCAAGGCAGGUUGCCAAAAGCCAAAUAAUACCCUGGAGCCAGUGUACCCUUGGGCCACGAAUGUCCAUGAACUGUUUCCAUGGGCUGAGUUCCGGCUGCCUCAGAGCAUACAUCCUCUCAGCUAUGACCUCACCCUGAACCCUGACCUUGAGAGCAUGACUUUCACUGGCCGCACAGUUAUUAACAUGUCUGUGCGUCACAAUACCAAGCGCAUUGUCCUGCACAGCGCUAAUCUCAACAUUACCAAAGCUACCUUCAAGUUGGGUGAUAGGAAGACCAGUGUUGUGACUGUACUAGAGUACAAACCCAGACAGCAGAUAGCUGUGAAGUUCUCCGAGGAGCUGAAGGAAGGCCAGUACUGUGUUUUGACCCUGGAUUACUCUGCCAACCUCUCAAACACCUAUGGUGGUUUCUACAAGAGCUCAUAUACUGAUAAAGAUGGAAACAAAAGGGUCCUCGCUGCAACCCAGUUUGAGCCACUGGCAGCUAGAAAGGCCUUUCCUUGCUUUGACGAACCGGCUUUCAAAGCCACCUUCCUGAUUAAAAUCAGCAGAAAAUCAAACUACAUGACUCUUUCCAACAUGCCUAAGGCUACGUCUACACCACUUACCAAUGGCCUCAUACAGGAUGAGUUUGAAAAAACUAGUGUCAACAUGAGUACCUACCUUGUGGCCUUCAUCAUUGCUGACUUUACUCCUAUCAGCAAAAAUGUCUCAGACACUCUGGUGUCCGUGUACUCUGUGCCAGAGAAGAAAGAGUACACUGACUAUGCUCUGGACACUGCCUCCAAGCUGCUGGAGUUCUACAGUGAUUUCUUUGAUAUUGACUACCCCCUCAAAAAACUAGACUUGGUAGCCAUCCCGGAUUUCCUGGCAGGAGCCAUGGAGAACUGGGGACUGAUGACUUUCAGAGAGACCAGUCUGCUGGUGGGCAACAAGUCCUCUUCUCUGGAAAAACAAGUGGUUGCCUCUAUCAUAGCACAUGAGCUAGCUCAUCAGUGGUUUGGAAACAUGGUAACUAUGAGAUGGUGGAAUGACUUGUGGCUCAAUGAAGGCUUCGCCACUUACAUGCAGUACACGUCAGUGCAGAGAGUGUUGCCCCAGCUCGACAUUGGUAAUUCGUUCCUGGCAAUGCGGUUCAGAGCCUUGGACAAAGACGCACUAAACUCCUCCCAUGCUGUGUCAACAGAGGUUAAUACGCCAGAACAGGUGGAAGAAAUGUUUGACUCUGUCUCCUAUGAAAAGGGUGCAUCCCUUCUCCUGAUGUUAAAUGCCUCGCUGCCAUGGAAUCAACAGUUCAAAAAGGGUAUCCUUCAAUACCUGAAACAGUUCAAUGGAUCAAACACGGACACUGAAGAUCUGUGGAACAGCCUUACACAGGUUGACGUCUCGACGCUACCCCAGAAUGUGUCAGAGAUGAUGAGCUCAUGGACAUCACAGAAAGGCUUCCCAUUGGUCACUGUAAGCCGCAAGGGAGAUCAGGUGACCCUCACACAGGAGCACUUCCUUCUCACGUCUGACAAUGCCACACAUACUUCCAGGCUGUGGAAUGUCCCUGUGACAUAUGUAAACGACAGCUGUAGCUUGGCCCCUGAGUGCAGACAGAUGUUCACCCUGAAGACCAAGUCAGGCACUUUUAAGCUUCCACAAACUGUGAAGUGGCUGAAGCUGAAUUACAGAAACACAGGCUUCUACAUCGUCCACUACGGAAGUGAGGGCUGGGACUCUCUUAUAGAGGCUUUGUCCAAUAAUGUCAGUGUUCUUACACAUGAGGACCGUGCCUCUCUCAUACACAACAUCUUUGCUCUCUCCAGACUGGGGCGUGUAUCCUUCCAUCAAGUUCUAAACCUGUUGAACUACCUGCUCAACGAAACUGAGACUUCUCCUGUGAAAGAGGCCUUGUUACAGCUCAGUAGUAUUUACAGACUGCUUGACAAAAGACAAGAGCAAUAUCUUGUGGCCCGCAUGAAGAACUAUAUUCUGCUUCAUUUUCAUUCACUGAUGGGCAACCAAACCUGGGAAGAGGAGGAGAGCAUAUCUAAACAGGAGUUACGGUCAGCGCUACUAGAGAUGGCUUGUAGUCUGAAUGAAGAAAGCUGCACUCAGAAAGCCAAAGCCAUGUUCACACAGUAUGUCCAGUCUAAUGGGACAAUACGCAUACCAGGCGAUCUGCAGAGAGUUGUAUUCACUGUAGCUGCUCAGUCAGAUGAGGACUGGUCAACUCUGCUCAGCAUGUACAGAUACUCCACCUAUGAUGCAGAGAAACGAAAAAUGCUACAGGGCCUAGCAUCCACUCAGAAUGCACGACACGUAGUAUGGAUUCUACACGCAGCUCUAAAAGGAGAUAUCAUCCAGACGCAGGAGUUGCCUUUGGUCAUCAGCACUGUGUGUAACGGUUUCGCGGGCUACUUGUUUGCCUGGGAUUUUAUACAGGAGAACUGGGACCGCCUCAUAGAGAAGUUCCCUCUGGGCUCCUUUGCUCUACAGGCAGUCAUCAAAUCUUCCACUUCCCAGUUUUCUACACAGGCACACCUUGAUCAAGUGCAGGGUUUCUUCUCUAGUCUGAAGGAGCGUGGCUCUCAGAUGAGGAGUGUGCGGGAAGCUUUGGAAACCAUCAGGCUGAACCAGCGCUGGAUGGACAACAACCUGCCUACGCUGCGAAAAAGGCUCUAAACAGGCCCUCCAUCAGUCCCUGCCUCUCUCUCAGGCAGCUGGGGUGUGUCAUCAGGACAUCAGUAAUGUUUGCACUAUUAUGGGCCUGUCUCUUUUGACUCCCUUUAUCCAGGCCAGAGUUCUAACAACCCAGAGGUUGUGCUCUACCUGGGUGGACAAGGUAUUUGCUUUUCUGAGGUUUGGCCAUGUGAGUUUAUUUUUUAGCUCAGGGUGGCUCUCUGAUUGUGUGUCUGACAGGGCGUUGUCAGAUGCAAACACACACUCCUCUCACUUAAUGCUGCUGACCAAACCUCUUCUCUGCAGCUCUAAUAUAAACUUCGUGCCUGAGCAGACAAUCAUGCCUCCCCCGCGUCCUUUUGCUCAGCCUGCUCUCGGGCAUUUAACUGUACGAGCUGCAUAAUGGCCCCUUCAAAUAGAGCAGGUUUGAAGAACGUUGACAUUACUAAUGGACGCACUGUCAGUCAGUGCUGGACUUUCUCUCUGCCAAUGGGUUUCUGUAGAUGCAGGUGUCAGUGAUUCCUCGGUAAUGAAAAGUUAAAAUUAGCGGUACUAGAGAUGUUAGUUUUCUAAAUUUCCCAUUAUAAACAGAAACAGUCUGUGCUUUAACUAUUCAUGCAACAUGAAGCAUAUAAAUCAUGGUUUGGCUAGAAGACUGGCCGAUUGAUUGCUCAGAUUGCCAAACUUGUGUUGGCAUUAAUUGAAUGUACUGACAAACCUUGCCACUGUGUACAGUAGAUGGCAUCCUGCACAGCGAUGCAGGUGCAAAUCAACAAGCAGUGUGUCAUAGAUUAGCACAGGCAGUGCACACUGGAGCCGGUUGUUCUCGCUGUCUUUCUCUAUCAGUCAUAAGAACAGUUUAGUUCUGGUCAGCACGUUUUACUUUGCUUGUUUGCGGUGCAAUCAUUGUAUACACUCAUUCUUUAACUCCAUAUGCUUUUAAACUUGUAAGUAUAAAUGUAAAUAUGUGACUUUUCCCUGCAAUGUUGGAUGUACAGUUUGACACAUUUUGACUUUUAAAGAUUUUUAGAUUUUCUUUCUGGUGUGUGUGUGUGUGUGUGUGUGUGUGUACACUGUACAUACAGUAUGCAGUUAAAAGAUCAAAUUAUACAUAGAGUUGAUCAGCGUUCUUAAUCAAAUAUGUUUUAUUUCCUGAUUUUGGCCAACACAAGGAGUUUUUAUUUUUUGGCCACUGAAUGUUCAUGUUUAAGGACUGAUGUGCAUACUGAAUCUAAAGAAUGUAUAGUACAACAUCGGUACUGGGGAUGACUAAUCUGACCAGUAAGCUUUUGCUCAUCAAUCAAGUGAACUCACAGAAGAGUCCGAGUUAGUCAGCUGUUAAGUGUCUUUAUAUGUUUCUUAGUAUCUUUUGAUCCAGGAUGUUAAGUAAAGUUGUCCAUUCAUCCUGAGCUUUAUUUAAAGUGCUAUUUUUCACCCCAUCAUUGUUACAAUAUCCAUGAUAAGUGAUCUCUAACAGAUAUAGUGAAUUUUCCAUGGAAAUCCUGGUUACCUUCUUCAGGCUUGUCUCCUGUGCAUUUGGUUUUGACAUUUUCAUCCUCUAAAGCCCAUUUGUUCCAUUUAUGUGAGCAGGAAUUUUGAAGUUCAUAAAACAAAAGAAUACCAGUGAGAUCUAUCUAGGUUCACUCACCAAUAACCAUACCUCCAGCUUGGUCAUGUGUUUCAGUGAACACAAUUCGCUGGGCAUUAUACAUGUAGGUCAUGUCCUUGUGCAACUCAGCAUUAGAGUGACUCCUACUGGUUUGUUGGGGUGGCUGCACAGGAUCAGUGACUCUUAAUCUCGGCACAUUAUUUUUUGAUGAAGCUGAAAACGGAAACGCAGAGUGACACCAUGAGUACUGGAGGCAGCAUAUGCAUCCUUCCCAGGUUAACAGUGGGGGUUAGCAGUGUUAUCACAAUACAGAGGCUUGGGCAUUCUGUUUAAAUAAAUCACUUACAACUGCAACUUAAACUACCUGCAGAUUGUCAGUAGUAUUGCCAAAUUAUUCCAUGGGAUUCAUGAUAGUUCCACAGUCUGAUGAUGUGUUGAAUAUACCUCUACAUGUCCUAAACAUUUAAAUCCUGGCUCAGUCUGGUUAUGCAGCUCUACUGAGAUGAUGGUACUCUGAGUUCCUGUUAUAUUUUUGUUAAAAAAGAAAUAACUAGUCCAUGUGAAAUCUGUUGCAAUAUUCAUUCUUAGUCAAAGCUGUUAAAUCAGUGAAGGGAGGACUGUAGUGGAGUAAACUUGAUCAGAUUGUCUCACACUGGGAUGAAAUGCUGUAAAUGCUUUUGUGUCACUCUUCAUGUAAACCAAAUAUAAAAGUUGUUUUCUUAGAAAUGUUGGAUUUUCUUUUUCUCAGAUAGACAACUCAUCACGUACCUAAAUUCAAAAUAGCUUGUGGUGGUUUUCUGUCACUGAUAAUGCAAAACUGAGUCCUUUACAAAUUAUGUUAAAAUGGUUUGUUGAAAUGCAGCUGCAGCUAAAUUCCUUUCAGUGGCAUUGAUGUUGAAAUGGUUGAUGUUUCUGAUGUGUUUUUUUUUGUUUGUUUUGUUUUUUUAAGAGCCCAGCCAUGGUGAAUUUUAGUAUUAAAAAAUCUACAUGACGUCCAACAGAUGAGGGAAACUUAACCAUUAGAGAAAGGAAAGUCUAAACAAGGUGUAAAUUCAGUUCUGGAUGUUUCCUAAAGCAGACACGUUCCCUUAUUAGUGGAAAAUAACAUGCUACUGCCUAGACCACCCGGUCAAUCCAAAUAGCAUUAAAAAAGUUAAAUAAAAGGCCAAAGCACUACUAAAAAAAUUAUAGGUAAAACUAAGAUUUUCAGGAAUGACUGGAUACUGGGAGGAUGCUGUCUAAACACAAUGGUUUACUUCUACCAUUAAUGCCUCUUGCAUGAUUCUUCUCAGUUGUACCACCAGAGGUCUUUGUAGCUCUGCUGGAAACUUGUAUAGUGGCUCUCACUCGUGUUCUUGAAGUUGAAAGAUAUUGUACUUCUUAAAAGAUGAAUGUAAGUGACUUGAAAAGAUUUAUUUAGACACUGGGGAUAUUAUGGAAGAUGAUCCUUUAAAAUUUUUUUAUCCUAAAACUAAAUACAGCCUUUAACUAUAAAAGGACCUUUUCAUUUUAAACAACUGCAGGCUUUUGUGCAUUUUAACCCACUGUUCCCUCGGUGUGUGUGUGUGUGUUUUAGAAAGUGUGUUUUGUGCCUUGCAGACUUGUUUUGGCAGAGGGCCAUGCAGCUGGAAGACAUCAUACAGGCUGUAUUUUCUCCCUUCAUACUUUCUUUCUUGGCCAAACAACACAAGGUAUAAACACAAUUGACUCCUUUGUACUGAAAUCCAGACUGGGUGUAAUUAAUGACCAAGCUGAAUGCUAUAUGAGACCUGACAGACAUCACAGCAAUUUGUUUGCUGCUGUCGCAUUUUCAACAGUGUCAGCUCCUUUAGACUUAGACCUUUUUAGAGCAAAGGUCUGUAUGACCUUUGCUGUGGUAUUUCUUCUAUUUAGUUGUAUAUUAUAUAUGUUAUUUGUAAUAGUGGCAGUGUGGUUAGCAAGAAGGUUCCAGGUUCAAGCCUGGGCCAACCUGGGGCCUUUCAGAGUGGAGUUU